GAAAGUGACGAGUAUUUUCAAAACUUUGUUGUGCACUUUAUUUUAGUAUAUUUGUGAUUUGUUUGUAUUCAUUUUAAAGAUAUAUUAUAAUAUUCUUGUCUUCAUAAUGUUAAGCGAUCACGUCUGAUGUAUUUUUAAAGACCAUAUCGUAGUUUGUCUUGGGUUGAUCGACAUAAUUCAUAGCCACGGACAUAAAUGAAGAAAGUUCGGUUCGAGAGUCCUGUGAAAGUUUUAAAACCUAUCAAUAUGAACGACCGUGAAUGCCAUUCACCUCGUCCUAUGAUAGACAGACAGUUGCCUUAUAAUCGUCAUGCAAACUUGCCUAACUUCUACAGUCAACCGAAAGUUUUGCCGUAUAGUGACGACCCUGUGCAAUUGUUCGAGAGCAGCAACAGUUCUCCGUAUCCAAUGAUGAACAAAACACCACUGCCGGGUUAUCAGAAGGGUCCAGACUGGUCACCGUCUAAUGACUUAGAAUUAAGUAUGCUUGAUGCGUCCUACCAUGAGCCACGAAUGCCUACAUUUUGUAGGUCUAUCCUCAAGCCUGCAGACAUUAAUAGCAAUCAAAACAGUGUGAAAGAUGUUGUUCAAAGUAAUACACCACCCCAGACUUCUACUAGGGAUAAUUCAGUGAAACCACCAAAUAUUCUCAUUAAAGACAAUGAUUUCUUUAUUAAAAGGGACAAUUUAGACAAAUUUCAUUUAGAUAUGAAUCCAAUACAGAAGCAAUUAAAUAAGUUAAGUCUAGACAAGGAAAAUAACCCAUUUGCAAAGAAGUCUGAAAUGGUGCAAAUGGCAGCAAUUAAACACACAGAAAAUAUUAAUCAAGCUCUCUCACAGCCUACUAGUUUUGGUAAUGAGGAUUGUAGAUGCCAUCAUUGCAUUAAAAAAGUUUCUACUCCAAGUUAUAUGACAAACACACCAGCUGUUCAUAACUUAGCUCACUGUGGGCCCAAAUUUCCAGUACAAAAUGUUACAAGACACAGUCAUUGCCCUUGCAGUUUACCACCACAGCCUAACAGAUGUUCAUGUUGUAACAACACUCCUGCCCCUAGACAAUACCAACACAACUUGUGUGGCAUAGACCAAGCAAGCAGCCCAAAAAUGAAUGCAGUUGAUAAAAAGACAUGGGCCAUUGAAAAAUAUGAGCAAGGCCAGAAUUCAGAUUCUAUGCAGGUUGAAAAACAAACCAAUAUCUCCAAGGAGAAAAGGGAACCAACUGUAUCUGAUCUCUUCAAGAUUAUUAAGCUUCAGAAUGAGCAAUUACAACUGCUGCAAGAGAAAGUAGAUAAGUUCAUCUCAUCUAGUCAGCAAACACAAGUACCUGCUCAAAGCCAUUUAACAAAUCAUGUGGCUAUUGAAACAGUUGGUAAGGAACAGCACAAAAUAUCAAUAGGAGUCAUGACCAGCUUUGAAAUGGUUAGAACUUCCACAGUUAUUAAUAAAGAGGUUGUGAAAACAAAUGAAAAUGCUCAAAUACAAUGCAAUAGGUCCCAAAUUAGCAUAAAAGAGGUUGUAUCCAAAGGCCAAACUGCUAAUCCAAACUUCUUGGAUGGUAUUGCACCUGUGGGUGAAACUAUGCGAGCAGAGUUUGAAGCUGAAGGAAAUGCUUUGGUAAAUGCUGCACAGAAUGGUGGUGUACUCCAACCAGCUGGUAUGAAUGAAGAGAAAACAUUAAAUGAAAUGAGCCUUUAUGAUGUACAAAUAGAUAAUGCUACUACACCACUCAUGUCACCUGAACAGAGUUUAUAUUUGGAUAUAAGAGACUAUAGCGAUUCAGACACAGGCAGUGAUGACCAAUCCAAUGUUGGGUGGACUUAUUAUAAUAAAGUUAUGACUCAUGUGAAUGGAAUGUUGCAAGACUCGGACAUGCCCUCAUCAGCCAGUGCCCUGUACAGGAACACUCGACAACAGAUGCAGACUGUUCAAAUGCAAAUUGACAAGACCAAUGUUAGUGUUACUAAAAGGGUGAAGUUUGGUGACGAUCCUCUCGGUCUGCAUCAACCGCAUAUCUACGCGUCCACUGACACCAGUUUGAAGAUGAACCAACUGGCAGCCAAGUACCUGAAGAACGGGCCUCCAGUGGCGGCGCCACAGCGGCCAGCGGUGGCCUCGAGGCCUCCUAUGCCGAUUGACAUGUCCUUUGCUACUAAGAACUAUAUGGAAAGGCAUAAAUUGUUGCAAGGUGUACAACCGCCACCAAAGUCGACGUCGCCAAGUGAGAUGCCCAGGUUUUUAGACAUAACUGCUUUGAAACAGCAGCCCAAGUUUCUAUGAACUUACAAUUAAUUAUUGUAGUUAGGAAUUUUAUUUUAUUAAUUAAUAUUUUAAGGAGCUAACUUUUACCAUAAUUUUAAUAUAUUGUGUUUAUUAGUUUGGACUAGAUUUAUGGAUGACUCACUUAGCUAUAAUGUUAGGGGUAUUUCAGGUAUUUGUAGUGUGUAAUAAAUAUUUAAGACAGGUUCUGAACAGACAUUUAUUUUAAACCUCAGAGAAAAUAACAGAGUAAAACCCUACAUUAUAUAAGUAGGUAUAUUUGUUACUGGAACAGUUGUUUGUUAAAUAUAUUACACUUAUAUUUGUUCAGUAUCUCGGGUUUAUUAUGAAUUAUUAUUAUAAUUAAUUUACAUUAAUUUUGUCUACGUAUAUGAUAUAAACAAUAAAUUUAAUUUCAUACAA